AUGCUCCGACCCUCAACACAGAGGUAUUCAGUGACCAGACCGCUCUACUCAGAAGACGCCUUUGAGGAUGAACAUGCAAAAGUCUAUCGGAAACACAAGAGAUUCCUGCACCAUGUUAUACAGUACUUCACUUGUACUUCCGAACGUGCAAAGAACACUGCUAUUUCUCUGCUGCCUAUCAUUGGAUGGAUGAAAACCUACUCAAUCAAAGACUGGCUGCUGAAUGACAUCUUGUCUGGCGUCAGCACUGGAUUGGUUGCCGUGCUACAAGGGCUAGCCUUCAGUUUGCUGGCAUCCAUCUCUACAUGGUAUGGACUGUAUGCUGCUUUUUUCCCAGUCAUCAUGUAUUUUUUCCUGGGCACCUCACGACACAUUUCUGUGGCUUCUUUUGUACAGCAAUGGUGUGGCGUCUCCUAUGCAUUCAACUUCAGUGAAAAUCACGGAGUGGAUGUGGUGGAGAAAAUUCCAAACACGUUUGAGUCCCCAAUCACUCCCAGCCUGCAGGUUUUCCAGAUGACAGCAGUGGAGGCUUUCCCAAUAGCUAUUGUGGGAUUUGCCGUGGCUUUUGCAGUGGCUAAAGUCUAUUCUGUAAAGCAUGACUACGUUAUAGAUGGAAAUCAAGAACUUAUUGCCUUUGGGGCAAGCAACAUCUUUGGAGGAGCGUUUAAGUCUCUGGCAGCCAGCACGGCUCUCUCCAGAAGUGCAGUUCAAGAAAGCACUGGAGGAAAAACACAGGUAGCUGGUUUACUCUCUGCCAUUAUCGUGCUGGUGGUAAUAUUGGGGAUAGGGUUUUUGUUGGAACCUCUACCAAAGUCAGUGCUGGGCGCAGUGGUGAUUGUGAACCUGAAGGGGAUGUUGAUGCAGGUGGUUACAGUCCCUUACCUGUGGAAGAAAGACCGUCCUGACUGCAUUGUUUGGGUGGGGACCUGUUUGGCAGCUAUAUUCUUGGGGCUGGACUUAGGACUUGCUGUUGGUCUUGGACUGGAGCUCCUCACUGUGGUCUUCAGGGCUCAGUUUCCACGCUGCUGUGUCCUGGCUAAUAUCUCAGGGACAGAUAUCUACAGAGAUCGCAAGGACUAUGUCAAUAUCUAUGAGCCAGAGGGAGUGAAGAUUUUCAGAAUCCCAUCUCCCAUUUUCUUCGCAAAUAUUGAUUUCUUCAGAGACAAACUGAAGGAUGCUGUGGGCUUUAAUCCUCUGAGAAUCCUGAGGAAGAGGAACAAAGCAGUGAAGAAAAUGAAGAAACUGAUAAAGAAAGGGGAGCUGACCUUAACAUCUAAUGGACUACAGGCCACAUGCUCAAUGCCCAUUGAAGAGUCAGAGGAUGAAAGCAACAUGGAGGAUCUAGACAAGCCCACAGACUAUUCAGAUCUUCCAGUCCAGGUGAACUGGAAUGCAGAACUUCCUGCCAACAUCCGAGUUCCUCCUGUGAACAUCCACAGUUUGAUCCUGGACUUCUCUGUGGUCUCAUUCCUGGAUAUAUCUGCACUCAAGGGUCUUAAAGCGGCCAUAAAAGAAUUUAUACGCAUUAAUGUUGACGUUUACAUAGUAGGCUGUGACCCGUAUAUCAUAGAGAAGCCGAGGAACUGUACAUUUUUUGAUGAUGAAAUCAAGACGUCUAUCUUCUUUUUGACCAUCCAUGAUGCAAUGCUCUUCAUUCAUGAGUCUCAUCCACCGAAGACUGUGAGCGAGAAGGUCUCAGGAAGUGUCCAAUAUCAACACGUUAAUAGCAGCAGCACAUCCAGUUGGUUGACAAUCCAAGCAGAUAUGAAAAUGGAAGUCGAAACAGACACCAAACCAGAGACAAGGUUUUGA